CAACCCAAAAACCCCCGUCCAUUCACUCUCGCCUGCCCCUGCCUCUCUCUGCCUGCGUGCGUGUGUGGGGAGCGUGAGGAGCGAGGACGGAGGAGAGGAAUCCAAUGGCGGGGCAGGCGGUGAGGCCGAACCCCUGCGCCGCGUUCCGCUCGGUCCCGCCGCCGCUGCCCGCGCGCCGCGCCGACGCCGCGACGAGGACCAAGGAUGCACCUUGUCCUACCUCUAAUGGCGAUAGAGGUCUUUCUGGGCAGUGCAAAAAGCCUCCAGAGCAUGCCAUGCAUAAGCCGUCUGGUGGUACAUAUACAAAACCUGAUGCAAGAGUGAAGUUGAUUCCGGCAGAAGACAUCACUUAUGUACGGCAUGGAAAGCCUUUUGGUAGAACAGUUGGCUCAGCAAAACUGCAGAAAAGACACUGCAGACGAAGUGUCACUCCUCCUCCGAGUUCGCGUAAAAUUUCUCUUGCGAGAUCAACACCACUUACUCACAAGUCUACGACACCGUUUACUCCCAAGGCCAUGCCACCGCUUAAUCACAAGGCUUCGGCGCCUCUUACCCACAAGGCCGCGACACCUCUUACUCACAAGCCCAUGACACCACCCCAUCCUGUUGCCUCGUGUCUUUCUCCUAAGAGAGUUGAGACAGCUCACAAGGCCUUGAGACCUCUUAGUCCCAAGCCCACUACACCACCCCUGCCUGUUGCAUCGUGUCUUUCUCCUAAGAGAGUUGAGACAGCUCACAGGGCCUUGGGACCUCUUAGUCCCAAGCCCACAACACCACCCCUGCCUGUUGCAUCGUGUCUUUCUCCUAAGAGAGUUGAGAAAGCUCACAAGGCCUCGAGACCUCUUAGUCCCAAGCCCACUACACCACCCCUGCCUGUUGCAUCGUGUCUUUCUCCUAAGAGAGUUGAGACAGCUCACAAGGCCUCGGGACCUCUUAGUCCCAAGCCCAGUACACCACCCCUGCCUGUUGCAUCGUGUCUCUCUCCUAAGAGAGUUGAGACAGCUCACAAGGCCUCGGGACCUCUUAGUCCCAAGCCCACUACACCACCCCUGCCUGUUGCAUCGUGUCUUUCUCCUAAGAGAGUUGAGACAGUUGAAAACAGGCAAUUUUUCUCUCUCAAUCGGCCAUCACCACUCUACAAGUCUGUCCAGAGAGGUGCAUUUCCUCCAUCUGUUUUGCGGAAAGAGUCAGAGAUGAAUCCCAUCAACCCUAGUUCUGUGCAUGUUCCUCCUGCAUAUUCAAGGAAGGUUCCUCUUACUACAAAGGCAGAACCACCUCCUAAGAGUGUCAUCACACUUGACAACAAAAAGUUAUGCUCUAUAAGCAAUCAGGCUGCACUUAAAUGUCAGCCCACAAAAAGAGACGCAGAUCCUAUUGUGGAAAAAGAAACUACUGUGAAGCUUCCAUUACUGAGCCCAACAUCUGUGCUUAGUUCAAGUUCCACCGAGGUAUGUCUAGAUACUGGAAGGUCUUCGUCCAGACUAAAUUUGUUUGAUGGAAAAUCCAAGCUGGACUCACUGCAGCCUGAAACAAACAUACCUCAAGCAAAAAGCCCAGAGUCUACAAUUCCAACCCCAUGUGCUCAACUUUCCGAUGAUCUGAGAGUUGUUUCCUCCACUAAGAGCCAUGUCGAGAGACAAACGAACCAGGAACCAUCAAUUAGUCGUAACAUGUCUUCAGGUGCCCAAUUAAUUCUACAUACACCACUGUGCAAGGAGACAUACCAACCAGAGGCCUGCUGGAAGGGCAAAUUUGAAAUAACUGGAGAGCUAACACACACUUGUGAUGGACUUGAAGCCUAUUUCCCUUGUGAAAUUUCUAGCAAAGUUUAUGAAGCUUCAAAACAGAUGCCUGAAAUCUUGAAGCUAGAGGCUCUACCUCUUUCUGGCCUGUUACCAAAAAAAUUCAAGAUGGAACCACCUUGUGCUCAAGAUAUUGGACUGUGCUUCAUAAGUUCUUGUCAAAGGCCAAAUAGGGACUCUUACCAUCUCCUGGAAAAUGUUUCUUCACAUAUUGGCUUGCGGACUGACAUCGGCACCGUGGACUUGCUUAUAUUUUCGUCCAAGCUGCUUACGGAAGAUGAUCAAACGAAAGACGGAGAACUUUACCUUUUUGGAGUUUUCCAGAAGCAUACCAGAAAGAGGCAGCACCGAGUCGACAGUCAUACAGAUAUCAGCAAUGCUGGCCUUUCAAAGGGAGACUGUCAUAUAUCUGAGGAUAUUGGCAUGGACCUGGAUAUGAUAGGAGGCAAAUACACAAAAGGUAAAAAUCGUGAGAUUGGCAUGAAACUGGAUGCAACAGAGGUCAAAAAGGUGGAAACGAGCAAACCCAAGGAGGUUGAUGCAAAUGCUGUGCUCAGUAAUGCAGCUCCCGCUGUUUCUUUCUUCACUGGGUCUUGUAGUCCUGACUCCGCAGGGACUACAGAUUCUCUAUGCAAAUCUGCUAGGAGAGCUCCUGCUUGCGGAGACCUUGUUUUGGACCCACCUCCAGGAUUUCCUCUUGAUGUCCCUCCUGGCUUCACAAGAGCUCAUUGUGGGCUUCGUAGAGGAAAAACUGCAGAAUCACAUAUCGACUCUUCUCCCAGCCUUGCUUUCGACACUCCAGGACUGAGACUUGAUGCUCCUCCUGGAUUUACAAAAGCACAUGGUGGGUUACACACCAAUGACAGCAGCAUGCCUUCUCCUGGAUCAGAAAAUGGUGCUUCCACUCUUUUCUCUGAGAAAAAGUCCCCAAUCAAGUUCUCUCUCAACAUUACAAGGCCUCCUGGAUUUGCUAAAUUGGCUGAGGUGAAAAAAGAGCCUGGGUUACCAGCAUUCUUUAAGGCUACGGAGAAAACACCACCAAUUGGAAAAGCAAAUGAAAAGGAUAUCAAGCAUGAUAAGCAGGUGAACGUGGAAGUGGAGUUGGAUGACAGCUCGGAGGAGCGAGAGUUUCCCAAGACCAAGAGGCUCUCAGAUAUCCUGGGUUCUUGUGCCUCUUCGUCUUGGAGGAACAACGCUACUACCUCAGCCGCACCUCGAAACUGCUCCGAAGUUUUCAGGCCUGCGACUGCGAGCAAGUUUGAGGAACAAAAGCAGCAGCAUCGGCAUUGCAGGAAGAGAGGGCAGCAGGAAGCAUCCAAAUCCGAUGCUGCUGUUGAGGCCACCAAAAGGCUCAAGGUCAACGGCCGCAUCGCACUGAACGGAUGUCCUGCCCUUAACUCCAACCAAGCGCAGCCCAAAACUCCACCAACAUAGCCGAGGUCGUCCUUCGUCUCCCGACCUGACGCAAGUGCUCUGUCUUGUGUGCGUGGCGUGUCGUCUCAACUGCUACCUCUAACUAAUCGGCUAUGAAAACAGACGGUGAUUAUCAUGUCAUAUGUGUAUGUAGUCAGACAGAUAUAAUUUUAUGUAUGUACUAGCUGGGCCUACUGUCAUGUCAGAACAAAUAUUGCUUUUCUUGACCUUUUGAGUAACAACAAGUGACAACAUGGUUAGUUAGCA